UUCCAACAAUCUGUUAAAACAUGGUGGAUUACUAUGAAGUUCUAGGUGUGCAGAGACAUGCUUCACCCGAGGAUAUUAAAAAAGCAUAUCGUAAGUUGGCACUGAAGUGGCAUCCUGAUAAAAAUCCUGAGAAUAAGGAGGAAGCAGAGAGGAAAUUCAAACAAGUAGCUGAGGCAUAUGAGGUGUUAUCAGAUGCUAAAAAACGGGAUAUCUAUGACAAAUAUGGCAAAGAAGGAUUAAACGGUGGAGGUGGAGGUGGAAGUCAUUUUGACAGUCCAUUUGAGUUUGGUUUCACAUUCCGUAAUCCAGAUGAUGUCUUCAGGGAAUUUUUUGGUGGAAGGGACCCAUUUGACUUUUUUGAAGACCCAUUUGAGAAUUUUUUUGGCAAUCGCAGAGGCCCUCGCGCAAGCCGAACCCGAGGCACAGGAUCCUUUUUCUCUGCCUUCAGUGGGUUUCCAUCUUUUGGAGGUGGAUUUCCUGCUUUUGAUACAGGAUUUACAUCAUCAUUUGGUUCAUUGGGUCAUGGUGGCCUUACUUCAUUCUCUUCUACAUCAUUUGGUGGUAGUGGCAUGGGCAACUUCAAAUCUAUAUCAACUUCUACUAAAAUAAUUAAUGGCAGAAAAAUCACAACAAAGAGAAUUGUUGAGAAUGGUCAAGAAACAGUAGAAGUUGAAGAAGAUGGCCAGUUAAAGUCCUUAACUAUAAAUGGUGUGGCUGAUGAAGAUGCCUUUGCAGAAGAAUGCAGGCGAAGAGGCCAGAAUGCCCUGCCCUCCCAGCCAGCCAAUGUCCGCUCCCUGAAGUCCCACAGACCUGCCGGCUUACCCAAGCAUGGAUCUCACUAUAUUUGUGAGGAUGAUGAUGAGCAAGAUAGACCUCAGGUCACCAGCAGCUGGGAGCCCUCCGUUUUUUCAACAGGAUUUAAAGAAGGUGGCAAGAGGAAGAAGCAGAAGCAGAGAGACGAGCAGAAGAAGAAGAAGUCGACCAAAGGGAAUCACUAGCCUGGACUAACCAGACACGCACACUGUUCACCAGGGCUCACGCAUGCCACAGUGGAGCAUAGGCCUGUGUUGUGUGUGUUCUGGUUUUACACACUUGCUAGGUAGAUGACAUCUUGUUGGACGCUCUACCAAGAUGACACCUGUUUGUGACAGGGCUAUGGACAUUUGGUCACUGUGUAGUCAGAUUAGGGAGGCCAGAGGUGAGGUGAUGCUAAUGGUUAGCAAUGAUAACCAUUUUGGAACAUACAUUAGACUUUCUUCCUUUGCUUUUCCCCAGCACCAAACCCAUUAGUGUGGGUUAAGAAUCUAAUUCAUUUUGGCCAAGUGUCUUAGUAUUUCUUUCGCUAUUCAACCACUACCAAAAUAUUGUUAGUUUUAGAUAAACAAUAAAGCUGAUACUAAAUAUGUAACUAGGAGAUGAUUUUUAACACACACCACUACCACCACCCCAAAUGCCAAUAAAGAUUUGAAAUUAGAAUACCACGAUGUAUAGGAUGCAUUAAAGGUACUAUGCGUUGCACAUUGAAUCAUGAAUGUCGGGGUACCUUUUCUUAGGCUAGCCAGAACAUGCUGAAUUCUUCAAAGCAACCUGGAUGUAUACAUGGUAGGCCUGCAGUGAAUCACUUCUGAUGUAGAACCAUUCCUUAUAUUUAUUUAAUUUUCAUCCUAUCCAAAUAGUCCAAAAUCUCUUUCAUAUAUUUUGAAAUUUUGCUAAAUCCUAUCUUUUUUUUUUAGGCUCACAAUUGUUCUUUCUAGCAUGUCCACAGGGUUCUGCAAAUGUUUGCUCUUCAGUACCAUCUCUUGCUCAUGUAACUUAGGGUCAUGAUGGGGGGAAAUGCGUGCUACAUUAAACUUGCAUGAGUACAUGUAUACAUGUGCAAUCACAUGCACCUAAUUAGAUACUUAGCAAUUAAUUAGGUUGGGCUAAAUAUUUCAGCUUGCAAACAUUGGACCCUUUUGUGGAGCGGGGGGUGUGUGUGUGUGUGUAAUUUCGUUUUAGCAAGAUUUUCCCUGGCUUCCUGUACUUUUUCAUUUGCAUGAUAAUGCUGCGUAACCUCUUAUUUUGAAGUACUGAAUAGAAUUCUGUAUUUCCUUAACUUUCAUGCAUGUUGCUCUUCAGUAGCUUUUUCUCUCCUUUAUAACAUAGCUAUGUUGUCCAUAUUGCUUUUGUUGUUGUCAUAGAAAUGAGAACAUUGCUAAAAGUUUGGGUGGGAUUUUAAAAUGCCAGUGAUUUUAAUGUAACAAUGUUGAAAUCCAGGAAUAUUUGGUACCACGUUGCAGUGCCAUGGGCUUGGAGGCCAGAAUCCAGUGGAUCUUUAUGAUUUUAAAUAACUGUUACAGGAAAGUGUUUUGUUUGUUGAGUUUGGUGGGGAAUUAGAGCAGACUGUUGGGGAAGAGUGUACUUGGUAUUUCAUGCUUACUGUGGAAAAUGUAACCUUAAAAGGAUAAAGUAUUUUAAGUGCUACCUAAAUAAAACUGUAAGCUUGACUUAGUUCACUUGCCAUCAUUUGUAAGUAUCCGUAAGUUGCAUUGUAUUUAUAAUUAGAAAUAAAAGCAGUUCUCCAUCA